AUGUCCAAGGCCGCCCAAACUCUCUUGGAAGAAAUCCACUCGGAGUCUUUACAGGUGCUCCUUGCUUCUCUCCGACCGCAUUCCGGACUUUCGGAGGUGGCCCACGCGGACACGAUCUCCACGAGUUCCAGUGCUGUUGACACUUCCCCGUCGUCGACCUUCAGACUCGGAAACGUGGUCGAAAUACAAGGACCAUCGGCCUCAGGCAAAUCCCAUUUGGUGUACCACCUCGUGUCCCACUGCAUCAUUCCGCCAGAGUAUGAAGACUGCGCCCUGGGCGGGUGGGGUAAGGCUGCAAUGGUAUUUGACUCCGACAACACUUUCAGCAUCGCGAGAGUAAAGCAGAUUCUCCUGAAGCGGUUGGAAUCAAGAUUUGCUACGCAACCCCACCUGUGGACCGCAGAAUGGCGCUCCGACAUCGUUGAGAAGUGUCUGGACCAUUUGCACAUAUUCAAGCCGUCGUCAUCAAUCCAACUUGCCGCAACACUUCGUAAUCUUCCAGCAUAUCAUACCGACAACUUACCCCACACGGACAUCGGUGUCCUUGCUGUAGAUUCAAUCAAUGCCUUCUAUUGGAUGGAUAGAUUCAUCGUGGAACACCCUAGCUCCUCUGGAAAGGCGUCUAAAGCUACUGUUAACCCCUUCCAACACGUCAUAUCAUCAUUGCGCGCUCUUCACGCUGCGUACCGGCCUCUUAUCCUCCUCACAAGUUGGCUGAUCGGUCCGAACCAGUCUUCGUCCAACUGUACCUCCGACAGACAACAUCCAUCUAUAUAUGCCGACCCUCGUCAUCAACUGCGCUCUACAACGCCAAUGCCGUCGGGUACAAUCACCCAUCGUGUUACGAUGUCAGUUAUACCUGCGCCGCAACCUUUAACAUCUGCGGAUCCAAAAUGGCCCUCGCCGCAGUUCGUGUGCUCGAUCCAGAAGCCAGGGCAUGAUUCCGUUGGUCGUUUCAUGUUGCAAAUCAAUGAUGGCGUAGACUGUAGACUUCCUGAAGGCCAAAAAUUUCUGGUAUCCGUCUGCUAA